AUGGCUUUACCAACCUACAAAGUCUACAAAAUCCAAUGGCAUCUCGCAAUGCAAGAUCCUCUCAUGCCUCAAGCUAUACGCUACCACACCAAUAUCUUUAUUGAGACCUCCCAAGAUGGUUCUGUCAACGGAGAUAUUGUCUCAGCUAGUGGAAUGAGUUAUUUGAAAUUCCCUUCACCGUCACCAGAUUCUUUCGAGUCAUUCUAUCAAAAAACUCUUUUGGGCGAACUCGCUGUGUCUGAUUUAGAGGAAGUAACAGGAGUUCUGAGGAGCAUUCCACCGCCUCCAAGACAAAGAUGGUUUAAUCCGAAAAGCACGAAGAUGGAACCUUGUAAGGUAGAUGGGACUCUGUAUAAAGAUGAUGAGGAAGUACCAAAGUUCUGGAAGUGUACGGAGUGGACGAAUGAGAAGGCUAUACCUGCUUUGUGGGCGAAAGGAUUGAUCAAAAUGAUUGAUAACGAUGACGUUGUUGGGAAUUAG